UGAUCAAAAUAAAUGUCUGUAUUUCUUGAGAAAUGUGGGGGGGUUUCACUAAGAAAAACAGCUAACAUUCAAUUAGGUACCGUAACAUUUUUUUCGACCCUGUUUGGAAGCAAUGUCAAAGUCUUGGUCAAACAAUACAGUAUUAACAAGAAAAUUAUAAUUUUUAAAAAAACAAAUGAGUAAAUAUUUUCAAGUACAUUUAUUGAAAAAACAACAAAAACAUUGUUAGAGUGAGUGGGUGCUGGUUUCGUGAGAUUUUGUAGCUGCUGUUUGCCAAAUGAACACUAGGGGGCUGCAGCACAUUAUUCAUAAAAGCGUCAUCAGCGGAGAAGAAAAAAAAAGUGACGCACUUCCUCUUGCCAGGACACCGACGAGUUGUGUAGGUGUUCUCUUGGAAUAAAGGCUUGAAUUUUAACUUCACGACCCGACAGCCGGCUGUAGAGCUGCGACAGAUCAGUGCUCAGUAAUAGUUUAGGAUUCUUUGCAGCCAAAUUAACCUUCGAGGUUGAAGUGCGUCAUAAUUUUCUGUCAUGGCAAAGGUACAAGUGUUAAAUGUUGCUGUUUUGGACAACCCGAGCCCAUUUGGAAACCCGUUUCAGUUUGAGAUAACGUUUGAAUGCAUGGAGGAUUUACCUGAAGACCUGGAGUGGAAGAUCAUCUAUGUUGGUUCUGCUGAGAGUGAAGAGUACGACCAGGUUCUAGAUUCUGUUUUGGUCGGUCCAGUUCCAGCCGGAAGACACAUGUUUGUGUUUCAGGCUGACGCUCCUAAUACAGGUCUGAUUCCAGAGACCGACGCUGUGGGAGUGACGGUAGUCCUCAUAACCUGCACCUACCGCGGACAGGAGUUCAUUCGCAUCGGUUAUUAUGUUAACAAUGAAUACACAGAUCCAGAGCUGCGGGAAAACCCGCCUCUAAAACCGGACUACUCUCAGCUUCAGAGGAAUAUCUUGGCCUCCAACCCACGCGUCACCCGCUUCCACAUCAACUGGGAGGGCUCUGCGGACAAGAUGGAAGACAGCGAAAACGUGGACCCGUCCCCGAACUUCGGCGGGAUGCUGCCCCCGUCCUGCAUACCAGGAAAGAUGCCAGCUCUUGGACAGAUGCCCGACAACUCCAUGGACUGCAUGUAGCGGUCCGGAUGAUGAACAAGGAGCUCUUCUUACCUUUACAUUCGUAAACAUCACUAACUUUUCUAAUAAGACCACAGACGUCCCGUGUGGACAUUUGAAGGACAAAAUGACAUGGGACAUUUUUUUUCCUCUUGUGUGGCCCAUUUAAUGGGAUGGGUGUGACCAGCAUCGGUUCUUCUCUUGUGUGCUUUUCUUUCUCAUACUCGUAGAUCUGCAAAGCCAGAAAUGCCUUAAUUUAUUAUUUCUUUGCCAUACUUUAAUAUUCUCCCUGAGAAACUGAUUCCUCUCCAACUAUGGUGUUUUUUUUGUUGUUUUUUUUGUCCUUUUGAGCAUUGGACAUCGAUCUCUGCAUCACUGUACAUAUAGCACAAGCUUUAUACAGUUCAGGCUUUUCGUUAUGCAAAAAAACGUGAUCUCAUCUGGUGCUUCUCAUGAGACAAAAAAUAUUCAGUCUUCUCCUGAGAGGUCGCACAACCCCGUUGUUAGUUUUGACUCGCAAUGGAAAACCCACACAUUUGAGCAAACCCCAGUUAGUCCACCAUUUGCUUAAAAUUCACUGAACUUGAUGUUUAUAGGAGAAACGGAUCCCAUGUUAAUGUCAAGUUCUGCGGUUUAAAAGGCUCUUUGUAAAUAUUGUUAGCGCUUGUUUUGCCUGCUAGGGAGGGCAUUGUUUAAUUUUGUACUGCAUAACCAUAUAUUAUAUACCUCCAUGUUUGUUUGUUUUUUAAUUAUUUUUAUCAAUGGCGAGGUUAAAUAAAGUUGGGGGGGGGCUUUCUGAUUA